AUGGCGGAACCGACUCCAACUCCUGCCGCUUCGACUCCGGCUAGCCCCCAAAUUGAAGCCGUCGCUGAGCCCGAGCCCGAGCCCGAGCCCGAGCGGCCCGCUCCCGAAGUGGAGGUAGAAGUCGAUCGGGAAGAAAAUGACUCGUCUUGGGGCGAUGAUGAAGCUUCUCGCGCCAGCACCUCUCUCAAGUCAGUCACGUCAACAUACGAAUGGAAGCAUGGUCGCCGGUACCAUGGCUAUCAAUCCGGUUCCUACAAUUUCCCCAAUGACGAGGAGGAACAGGACCGGCUUGAUAUGAUUCAUCAUGUCUUCUUCAGAUUGAUGAAUGAUCGCCUGUACCUUGCGCCCAUCAAAACAGAGGGGCUGAAGGUUCUUGAUAUCGGCACCGGCACGGGUAUCUGGCCUAUUCAGUUUGGUGACGAGCACCCCGAGGCCGAAGUGAUUGUCGGGAACGACCUCAGCCCCAUCCAGCCACAAUGGGUGCCGCCGAAUGUCAAGUUCAUCAUCGACGACGUUGAGCUAGACUGGGCGGAGCCCGAGCAAUACGACUACAUCCACUGUCGUUACAUGGCAGGUUCCAUCAAGGACUGGCCUCGGCUGGUGAACCAAAUCUACGAGAACCUGAAACCUGGCGGCUGGGUCGAAUUCCAGGAAUCUGCAAACACUCUGUACUCCGAAGAUGGCUCACUUAAGCCUGACAAUGCCAUGGUACAGAUGAUGGACGGACUCAUGGAGGCCUGUGAGAAGAUUGGGAGAACAAUGGACCCAGCACCAUCCUUUAAGCGCUGGACUGAAGAGGCUGGUUUCCAGAAGGUGGGCGAGCAAAGAUUCAAGCUGCCCAUCGGCAGCUGGCCGAGAGACGCCAGAUUGAAGGAGGUCGGCACGCUUAUGGGAGUUAAUUUCCUGGAAGGGGUAGAGGCAUUUACUGCCGCGCUGUUCAAGGACGUUUUGGGAUGGUCUCCAGAGGAGGUCACUGUCCUCAAUGCUGGGGUUCGAGCGGCGGUAAGAAAGAGAGACGUUCACCCCAUCUUCGACUUCAUUGUCGUCACUGGCCAGAAGCCUUUAUAA